AUGUACAAUAUGCCGUUUGCCCCCUUCAUUGGAAUCAACAGACAUGGGCAGUCAAUAAUGCUCGGGUGUGGAUUUGUCUGGCAGGAACUAGCCUCAAGUUAUGACUGGUUAUUUGAUGCUUUCCUAGAAGCAAUGGAUGGUUUGGCUCCGGACAACAUCAUCACGGACCAAGAUGUUGCUAUGGCACAAUCUAUCAAGAGGAAGUUCCCGGCAACGAUUCACCGUUGCUGCCGUUGGCAUAUAAUGAAGAAAGCACAAGAGAAGCUUGGCCCCGUGUUGGCUAGGAACCCGGAUUUGGUAAAAGACUUCAAUGAAUGCAUUGACUUCAGUUUCACCCCGGCUGAGUUUGAAAGGAAAUGGGCUGCACUUCAAUUGAAAUAUGAAGGUCUUAUGCAUGGUCACUUUGAGAAACUGUAUGAGGAUCGGGCUACAUGGGUGCCGUGUUACUUCAAAUUCAGGUUCUUCCCUUUCCUUCAGUCAACGCAACGCAGCGAAGGGUUCAAUGCUGUGUUGAAGCACUAUGUGAACCCACACAAGUCAAUUCUCAACUUCGUCAAGCAAUAUGAGAAAAUUCAGGUACACAUAAUCGUGAGGGAGGGCGGGAACGACUACCGGACAGAACAUCUAGAGGCACAAAGAUGGUCGCGUUUCCCCAUUGAGAGGCAUGCCUACAAAGCAUACACUAGGGACAUCUAUGUGAAGUUUAGAACUGAGUUUCAGAUGAUUGGCCAGUACGAUGUGCACCCCGCUGGAAUCAACUUCUAUUACCUUGAGCCCAAUAUAGAAGAAGUCCUAGGGUAUGGCUCGAGGAAGUACCUAGUCACAGUGAGACCAGAGCCAGCUAUCUACGAUUGCAAAUGUUGCAAGUGGCAUAGAGACGGCAUGCUUUGUUGCCAUGUCUUGAAAAUCUUCACACACCUUGGCGUUAAUGAGAUACCUGAACACUACAUCAAGCGCCGCUGGACGCAACAUGCAGUACCAAGUGCACCACCGCCACCUAACGAGGGCCCUCCGCAUGACUUGCCCGCUGAGUCAGAGAACCAGGUUUGGCAAGUGACUCUGACAAUGGAUUUUGCAAAGCUAGCCAAGAAGGCAAUGACUAGUGAUGAGGCAGCCGCUGCAGUUAGGAGGCACAUGAAAGCAGCAGAUACUGAGGUUACUAAGCUGAAUAAACUAAGGAAGAAGAGGCUAAAGGCAGCCCGGGAAGCGGCUCGUGCUAGGGAAGCAUCAAACCCUAAUGCCCCAAGUACUUCAAACCAACCUCCUGCCCCCCUGCUCCUAUGGAUCCACCUCGUUCAGUCACGAAAGGGCGCAGCCGCAGCAAGCGCUUCAAAUCAGCCCUGGAACUACACCCUAAGAAAAAGAACAAGUGCAGCAUUUGUGAAUCAAUCGAUCACACUGCUGCGACGUGCCUAG